UGCCCGUGCGGAACGGUAAUAAUAAUAAUAAUAAUAGUGCAUAAUAUUGCCAAUAAUAUGUAAUUCAGCUCGGCGCUGUAGUGUGGUGGUUGGCCGUCGCCGCAUUCGCUAUCCCGUGUCGUUUCCGUCGUCAUACCUAAUACAUAUUAUUUAUUUUUUUUUUUAUUACGUAUUAUUGUACAUAAUUGCCGUUAUUAUUCUCAUUUAUUAUUCACAAAUUCAGGAUAGUUAUACCUUUCCCGGUAUUGUUUAAUAUUCGUUAUUCAUGUAUGCGUUAACAAAUCGAUGAGUAGUGCCCUCAUAAACCGUGCGCGUUGCCAGUAACACGCGACCAGAAAGAAGGUCGUGCAAACAGAUAUUUUCAAGAAAAAUCCAAAUCCGAUGUAAUACGCUGUAAUCAACCAUGGUUGUAAAGAAAGAGUACAACAUUGAUUGGGUUUUGCCAAAACUCAGGAAUCGACGGUUAUUUUGGAACGUUGCUUCUUGCAUCACAUUAGCCGCUGUUGGGAUAUUUAGCAAGAUUUUCAUCAAAUGGUUCAACAAGGCAAAAGUAUACAAUCUCGUCUCAUUUGACAAAGCGAUCAAUCGACCCAAGCACAUACCUCUCAUUACAGUAUCUAAUCAUGACUCUUGUUUUGAUGAUCCUGGUAUUUGGGGUGCACUUAGUUGGAAAAAUUUAAUAAUGUCAAAUAAAAUGCGUUGGGCAUUGGCUGCCAAUGACAUAUGCUUUACAAACCCAUUUUGUGCACAUUUUUUUAUGCUUGGUCAAUGUGUGCCAACAAUUCGAGGUGCUGGAGUAUAUCAGGAGGCUGUUAAGUUUGGUGUAGAACUGUUGUCUAAAGGUAAAUGGCUGCAUAUUUUCCCUGAAGGUCGUGUUAAUAUGAGCAAAUCCUACAUACGCCUUAAAUGGGGAGUUGGUCAAAUGAUAUAUGAAUCCCCUAUUAUUCCUAUUGUUGUACCUAUUUGUCAUGUAGGAAUGGAAACUAUAUUACCUAAUGAACCACCAUAUUAUUUACGAACUGGUCGUAAAGUAACAUUUAAUUUUGGCGAGCCUAUUGAUUUAAAAGAAUUAGUCACAAAAUUGAAAGAAUCCAAUGUGACUGAAGAAGAAGCUCGUAAAGUAAUUACAGAUAAAAUUGAAGAAGAAUUAUAUAAAUUACAAAAAGACACGAUAUUAUUACACAAAAAAUUAAAUUCUUGACAGUGUGGCUAGCAAUGAUUGAAAUAUAAAUAAUUUAAGGUGAGUAGAGUUUCAAGAAAUGCAUUUUGAGAGUAAUGUUUUCAAAAGUUAAAAAAAAAGCAAAAGAGAAUACUCAACAAUAUAUAAAUUUUAACAAAUUAUGUCUGUUUAG